AUGGACAAUGCAAGCAUGAGCUCCUUCCUGGAAUACCCCGUCCUCGGCGGGGGCGACUCGGGGACCUGCUCGGGACGCGCCUACCCCUCCGACCACGGGAUUACAACUUUCCAGUCGUGCGCGGUCAGUGCCAACAGCCGCCCCAGCGAAGAUCGCUUCCUAGUGGGCAGGGGAGUGCAGCUCAGCCCGCCCCACGCCCACCCCCACCACCAUCACCACCACCACCACCACCACCACCACCAUCCCCAGUCGGCCACUUACCAGACUCCCGGGAACCUGGGGGUGACCUACCCCCACUCCAGUUGUGGCCCGACCUACGGCGCGCAAAACUUCGGCGCGCCCUACAGCCCCUACACGGUCAAUCAGGAAGCCGAAGUAAGUGGUGGGUACCCCUCGUGCGCUCCCGCAGUUUACUCUGGAAAUCUUUCAUCUCCCAUGGUGAACCACCACCACCACCACCACCACCACCCCCAGGGGUAUGCCGGGGGCGCGGUGGGCUCGCCUCAGUACAUUCACCACUCAUAUGGACAAGACCACCAGAACCUGGCCCUGGCCACGUAUAAUAACUCCUUGUCCCCUCUCCACGCCAGCCAGGAAGCCUGUCGCUCCCCUGCAUCAGAGACUUGUUCUCCAGCGCAGACCUUUGACUGGAUGAAAGUCAAAAGAAACCCUCCCAAAACAGGGAAAGUCGGAGAAUAUGGCUACGUGGGUCAGCCCAAUUCUGUGCGCACCAACUUCACCACCAAGCAGCUCACCGAGCUAGAGAAGGAGUUCCACUUCAACAAGUAUUUGACCCGCGCCCGCAGGGUGGAGAUCGCUGCGUCGCUGCAGCUCAACGAGACCCAGGUGAAGAUUUGGUUCCAGAACCGCCGGAUGAAGCAGAAGAAACGUGAGAAGGAGGGCCUCUUGCCCAUCUCUCCAGCCACCCCUCCAGAGAGCGAUGACAAGGCUGAGGAAUCCUCCGAGAAAUCCAGCUCCUCGCCUUGUGUUCCUUCUCCAGGGUCUUCCACCUCAGAUACUCUGACUGCUUCCCACUGAGACCAUCCAGACCUGGACCCCAGCACCCUGCCUAGUGCUUGGGCUGCGACUUCUCACCCCAAAGCACAUUCUUAGCUUAUCUUCCUUUCCCUUCACAGUCUCUCUUCCUUUCCGAUCCUAUCUGGGAAGCUCCUGGGCAAGAUAAUAUGCUUCCAGAAAAUUCUGGACCAGAGGCUUACUGGGAGGGCAGUGGUGGUAAAGUUCCUAAUGCAGACUGAGUGUCAUCAGUUUUCUAAUGGUCCCAAACAAUCUUCCAGCUUUCAUAAUAUUUCCACCGAAGCCACUAUUUCUCUCGAAUGUCCUUUGGAAAUAAUCUCCAUUGCCAGAAGAAAUAAACCUGAGGGAGACCUUGCAUACCCUCCC